GCGGCGGCGGCGGCCGUCCUCAUCCCGGCGGCCCAGCGCUCGAGUGCACGCGGGGCUUCGCAAAUGGCUUGUCCCGCUCUGGGUCUGGAAGCUCUUCACCCUCUGCAGCCGGAGCCGCCCCCCGAGCCUGCUUUUUCCGAGGCGCAGAAGUGGAUCGAGCAAGUAACUGGCAGAAGUUUUGGUGAUAAAGAUUUUCGGACGGGGUUAGAAAAUGGAAUCCUUCUCUGCGAGUUGCUGAAUGCUAUAAAGCCAGGACUUGUUAAAAAGAUCAAUAGAUUGCCUACCCCCAUUGCGGGAUUGGACAAUAUCAUCUUGUUCUUAAGAGGUUGUAAAGAGCUUGGCCUUAGAGAAUCUCAACUUUUUGACCCUAGUGACCUACAGGAUACAUCCAACAGAGUAACAGUCAAGAGCCUUGAUUACAGUAGGAAACUAAAAAAUGUAUUAGUUACCAUUUAUUGGCUGGGAAAAGCAGCAAAUAGCUCUGCGUCCUAUAGCGGCACGACGCUGAACCUGAAGGAGUUCGAAGGCUUGCUGGCUCAGAUGAGAAAGGAGACCGACGACAUUGAGAGUCCUAAACGUAGUAUCCGAGACAGUGGCUACAUAGACUGCUGGGAUUCUGAGCGCAGCGACUCCCUGUCUCCCCCUCGCCACGGCAGAGAUGACUCCUUCGACAGCCUGGAUUCCUUCGGCUCCCGUUCCCGGCAGACCCCUUCACCAGAUGUAGUCCUCAGGGGAAGCAGCGAUGGGAGAGGAAGUGACUCUGAACCCGACUUGCCCCACCGGAAGCUGCCGGAUGUGAAGAAGGAUGACAUGUCUGCGAGGCGGACUUCCCAUGGUGAGCCGAAAUCAGCAGUGCCUUUUAACCAGUACCUCCCGAACAAAAGCAAUCAGACGGCCUACGUCCCCGCUCCUCUGAGGAAGAAGAAAGCAGAGCGAGAGGAAAAUCGGAAGAGCUGGAAUACUGCCACCUCCCCCCUCGGUGGGGAGAGGCCCUUCAGCUAUCCUGAAACAAUAGAGGAAGAGGGAAGUGAAGUGGGGUCUCCUUGUGAAGAGGACCCAGUCGGCCCAGUGGAUCCUGGUGGGAAGCCUUCCGAUGGUGGGUUAGAAUUACCCACAGGCAGUGGUCAGGAGCAGCCUUCUCCAGAGGGGGCUGUGGGCACCCCAGCUCCCAAGUCUGAAGGAAAAGAUGCUGUUGAAAUCCAAAAGCGCAGAAGGCUAGAACAAGCUGGAAUCAAGGUCAUGCCCGCGGCACAGCGCUUUGCCAGUCACAAGCCAUUAAAUAAUGAGAAAGAAGCUGUUCAUGACAUUAUCCUUCGCAAAGAAAACCCUUUCCUGACCCACCAAUGUGGCAAAGAUUCAGAGUCAGAAGAGGAAGUUGCGCCUCGGCGGCCCGAUCUUGAGAAAGAUGACUUUGCUGCAAGGAGAGUGAGGAUGAAGCAGACCAAGCCAGCGGUGCCAUUGAACCAACUCCUCUAUGGGCCUUACCGAAAAAAAGAGGUGGAGAAAUCAGAGAGCAGCAAACAGCUCUCAAAGGGAAUUUCAGAAAAAAGUCUAGAAUAUAAAAGGAACCAGGGCCAAGAGGUGAAGUCAGUGGUGGCCUGUAUUACUCGGACUCAGGAGAGCAAACCGGCAGAAGAGGGAGUGAGGAAGGUGCCAGACCUUUACAGGGAUGACCUGGCUCAGCGGAGAAUUCAGGGCUUCCUUGGCCCUCACCAAGAGGCUCCAAGAUUUGUCACAGUCUCCAAUAUCACCGAAGCGGACUUGGAGACGUGGGAGAGACUGAAAGUGUCAGGAAAGACGAGGGAUGGAGAUGUUGAGCCCAUCUGUGCCCCUGAGCCUUCACCAGAAAUUAAAGCAGAAACUGCCAUUCGUGAUGAUUUUGCCAGCCGCAAAGCGAGGGCCUAUAAGAAAGCUUCCAGCCCUCAGCAAAAGUUUGUGCACUUUGGACCCGUGACAGAGAUAGAUCAGCAGAAAUGGAAGCGGCUCAGCAUCGGCCGGGCUGGGCCUAGGGAGGACGUGGAAGGAGUCCUCAGUCGUGGCAGCAAGACCAAAACUAACUCUGUCUCCCCUUCCUCUGCGGCCACGUCCAGUUUAGGAAAAGACCAAAUGCUUACUGCACAGCAUGACCACAGAAUAGUGAAUUCUGGCGUAGGGGACUGUUGCAAAAGGGUGUCGCGGCUGGGUCCCGUAUUGGAGACCCAGGAGGAGCACGUCUGCGGUUUGAGCGAGCACCCAGGAGCGGAGGAAGCGACAUGCAAACAGCUGCCGCAGGAUGGCAAGGAAGAGAAGGAAGGAGUUGCUCAAAGAGAUUCUGAGAUGCCGCCAAAGGCUGAGCCAUCAGAGGAGAGCGGCCAGCCACUUGUGUGUCCCCUGGCCUCCGAAUGCAAGACUUCGGGGACAGAAGAGAGCUCAGAGAGGAUGACAGCUCCUGCCUGGAGCAGCAGCAGACCGAAAGGCCCAGGAAAGUUGUGUGACUCACAAAAAGAUGACAUGAUGGUCAGAAGAACCGGGAUGUGUCUUAGACGCGUGGGAGCCAACGUAAACCAGUUCCUUCCAGUUCCAUUUGCAAAGCGGCAGGAUGUGGAGGAAUCUGCCCGGGGUCCGCCGUUGAAGGAUAAGAGAUACGGUCCGAGAACUCCUGUGUCUGAUGACGCAGAGAGCACGAGUAUGUUUGACAUGCGGUGUGAGGAGGAGGCCACGGUGCAGCCGCACAGCAGGGCCCGCCAGGAGCAGCUACAGCUGAUAAAUAACCAGCUGCGGGAAGAGGACGACAAAUGGCAAGAUGACCUGGCUCGCUGGAAGAGCCGUAGAAGAAGUGCUUCUCAGGACUUAAUCAAGAAAGAGGAAGAAAGGAAGAAAAUGGAGAAGUUACUGGCUGGAGAGGAUGGAACAAGUGAACGAAGGAAAAGCAUCAAAACCUACAGAGAAAUUGUUCAAGAAAAAGAGCGGCGAGAGAGGGAGUUGCAUGAAGCCUAUAAGAACGCACGGUCCCAAGAAGAGGCAGAGGGGAUCCUUCAACAAUACAUUGAGCGGUUCACCAUCAGCGAGGCUGUUCUCGAACGCUUGGAGAUGCCAAAAAUUCUGGAAAGAAGCCAUUCCACAGAGCCAAAUUUAACCCCCUUCCUGAAUGACCCUAGCCCCAUGAAGUACCUGCGGCGACAGUCACUGCCCCCACCCAAGUUCACUGCCACCGUGGAGACCACCAUCGCUCGGACCAGCGUUCUGGACACCAGCACGCCAGCAGGCAGCGGGUCUCCAAGCAAAACUGUCACCCCCAAAGCUGUGCCUAUGCUGACACCCAAGCCUUAUUCCCAGCCCAAAAACUCGCAAGAGGUUCUGAAGACCUUUAAGGUAGAUGGGAAAGUCAGCGUGAAUGGAGAAACAGUUCAUGGUGACAAGACGGAGAAGGAGAAAGAAUGUCCCUCGGUGGCCCCUGCCCCCUCGUUAACCAAAUCCCAGAUGUUUGAAGGUGUGGCCAAAGUGCAUGGGUCCCUGGUGGAGCUCAGACAAGGCAACAGUAGCAUUGAGAUCAGCAUAAAGAAGCCAAAUUCUGUUGUCCAGGAACUAAGAGCAACCACUGAGGAAACUGAACAGAACAGUCAAGAGGAUGUAAAUGAUGGCGAAAAACCACAGAAAGGAAAUACAGAACUUGCCCCAUCAGAGCCACAGCAUUUUACGACAACCGUGACCCGAUCCAGCCCAACCGUGCCCUUUGUGGAGUUUUCCUCCAGCGCCCAGCUGAAGAACGAUGCACCAGAAGAAAAAGACCAGAAGAAAAUGGAAGAUGAGAUGAGUGGAAAGGUGGAGUUGGUGCUGUCACAAAAGGUGGCAAAGCCAAAAUCACCAGAACCAGAAGCAACCCUGACGUAUCCAUUUCUGGACAAAAUGUCUGAAACCAACCAAUUACACUUGCCAAAUCUCUAUUCUCAAGAGUCCUCUGGCCCUGCCAGCAUCCCGCUGAGAGUUCAGAACUCUUGGCGACGUUCCCAGUUUUUCUCCCAGUCAGUGGAUUCUCCAGGCAGUGAAAAGUCACCUGUAACUACACCUCAGUUUAAGUUCUGGGCAUGGGACCCAGAAGAGGAGCGCCGGCGACAGGAAAAAUGGCAACAGGAGCAGGAACGUUUGCUUCAGGAGAGGUACCAGAAGGAACAGAACAAGCUGAAAGAAGAGUGGGAAAAGGCCCAGAAGGAGGUGGAAGAGGAGGAACGCAGAUACUAUGAGGAGGAGCGCAAAAUAAUUGAAGACACCGUGGUUCCAUUUAUUCUUUCUUCAAGUUCUGCAGACCAACUAUCUACAUCCUCCUCUGUGACCGAAGGCAGUGGGAAAAUGAAUAAGAUGGACUUGGAAAACGGUCGAGAGGAAGAACAAGAGACAAGACAGAGGAAGCCGCUCCAGGGAGACAACAGUGAUUUAUUGCAUAACCCUCGGGAAGAUUGGCCACCAGAGGAAGCUGGCAGCCUAACUCAAGGGGCAUUGGCUCAUUCUAAGAAUCCUGUAUGGAAAGGAGGCCAUCAGGACCAACAGUUGGAUACAGAAACUGGGGCCCUACACUGUGGGAUGAACUCACAGCUAGCUCAGGAUCCAUCCCAGAGUCAGCAGGUAUCAAACCCAUCGACGCACAUUCUAGAAGAUGUGAAGCCAAAAACCCUCCCUUUGGAUAAAAACAUUAACCAUCAGAUCGAAUCUCCGGGUGAAAGACGGAAGAAAAGCCCUCGAGAGAAUUUCCAGGCUGGGCACUUGUCCCCCUGUUCUCCCACCCCUCCUGGCCAAUCACCAAACAGGUCUAUCAGCGGGAAGAAGCUGUGCUCGUCCUGUGGGCUCCCUCUGGGCAAAGGAGCCGCCAUGAUCAUCGAGACCCUCCAUCUCUAUUUCCACAUCCAGUGCUUUAGGUGUGGGAUUUGUAAAGGACAGCUUGGAGAUGCAGUGAGUGGGACGGAUGUUAGGAUUCGAAAUGGUCUUCUGAACUGUAAUGAUUGCUACAUGCGAUCCAGAAGUGCUGGCCAGCCCACAACAUUGUGACGUGCUUUUCAAACUUCCAGAUCACUCACCAUUUCUUUCUGGAGGGUGUCCCCUGGCGACCAUUUCACCAAAUCCCAAGUGUGGGGGCUCCUUGGUGUUUAUCUAACUUCAGAAAGGCUGUUCUAAAAGAUGGUAUCUGUUCUUCUGUAGCACGGUGUUUGCAUUCUUCCUGGUUUUCCGUUUCGGUUUUGAUUUUUGUUUUCUUUUGGUUUUGCAUUUGCACAGUAUAUACAAACAAAUAAAUAUAAUGUCGUGAUCCUGUAGUUCACACAAAGAUCUUACCGUGGGCCAACAGGCUCAUGGUUUCAAAUGGGUUCUUCUCUUUUCUGAGAGUUCCUGAGAUGAAUGAGGCAAUAAACUUGUUUCGUUGUAGUAUUUUUAGGAAUUAAACACUUCUUGUUUACAGAAUUGAGCUGCAGAAAGCGCAAGACAUGCCAAUUUGAGAUGUGUCGUCUUCUAAGAUAGAAGCCUAGCGUUCAUGCAUUUCAGAAACUAAAAAUCACACCAUAGAGCUCUGAGCUAUAACUUGUUUUUAAUGCAGAGACGCUAGUCUGAUACUACAUACUGUAAUCCCGAGACAUCUCUUACUUACCUUUGGAGGUGGAAGUCCUACCAAUAAAUUAUUGCACCAUUAGUAUUAGAUUUUGUGUGCUUUGGAAGUUCUGUCAUUCAUAAAGGCUGGUCCGUUAAAGCGAACCCUUGCAGUAUCAGCUAGACUUACUCCAUGGGGACACUGCCCACGGGUAGGAAGAAACCAUAGGGAAAUAUUUCAGUCAUCGUCUCCAAAGUUCUUACCAAAAUCUGUGAGGAAGUUUUAUCUCCAGAAGAGUGGUGGGUCAGUGAGAGCCGGGAGGGUUUUGGUGCUUGCUUCUCUUCAGGCUGUAGAUUGAAUAAGAGACUCCAUGUGAGGCCUUUGGAAACUGUCACCAAGAUCAGUCCAGCAUGAAGUGUGACCAGGGCUCAUUCUUGCCUACAAGUUCUUCUUGAGGGCCCAAAGGUGUCUAAAGCAAAGCAUUAAGACACUCCUCCUAGAACCCAAUGACCUAUGUCGUCAUGAGCCACCGACGUGCGAUCAGCAAGAAGAACUUCCAACUCACAGUGCGCCCGGCCCACCGCAGUGGACAUCUGCCCUCUCCCGUUCUCCUGUAUCACCAACCCUCUUGACUGUCGACAAUUCUAGAACUUUAGAGCGGAGCUCUUGUGGAGAGCUGGCUUCCUGUCUGCCCUGUGUGAUGAGUUUCCGCUGGCCAAGAAAGGACUCCAGUUACUAAAAAGCAUCACGUUUUAGAUCUCCAGGCUGUUUUUCUUUAAGACUGGGGAAAGGGGAACUAUUUAUUCUGCCUUAAAAUGACGGCAAAUAAGUGAAGAUGACAUUUUGUGAAUGUAGACUAUGGAUAUACUCCUCUAAUAGGUUAAUGUAGUCAUACAAGGAGAUUAAGUAGAUGUUUUUCUGUUUAUGUAAGCAAUAAUUUUUUUUCCUGUGUCUUAUUGAGUAGGGCUAGCAAUUAUUUAUUUACAUGCUAGACUGUUCUCUGCAUGCGGGUUCCAUGUAAGUGCAGAAAUUCCCUCAGCCACUGGAGGUAGUUUGACCAUCUUGUCAUUUGGAAGAGCUGUUGUUAGAUUGGAAUUUACACAUCAUUUCAUUAAAAAAUUGUGCCUUAGAAAAUGCGAAGCUGUUGCACAUAGUCAGUGAUGAAUUCUGGAUACAGUAUGUUGAAGAGAGGUGAAGUCACUUCCAAGUCACUAAGACUUCUCGUGGAGGUGUUUGCUGUUUUACAGGAAAAAAAAAAAAAUUAAAAAAAAAAGAAAAAGAAAAAUAGAAAAAAAAUUUUAAAGUUUUGAAAAUGUACAGAUUAAGUUCAAUAUUUUGAUUAACCACUUGCAUGUUUUAUUAAAUAUUUUGAUAAUGUGGAUGUUUACACUUUGCAUGAUAUUAGCAGAGUACUUUGCCACAAAUAAUGCACAAAACAUGUACAAUAUGAUCAUUCAUAACCGAUUUUUAUAGAAUACUUUUUACAUGUGUAACUCCAUCUGUUAUGUAAGGACUAUAUGAAUAAUGCACAUUCUCCUCUGGUUUCACAAACCCAUUUAUACAUAUUUCUUAGUGAGCCUCAUUGUACAUGUAUUGAAGCCUGAAUCGAGUCAAGAAAAAUAAAGCCCCAUUCUCCAGCUGCGAAAUGUGCUUUCCCAUAAUGAACAAUAGUCACCAGCACAGAAUAAUCUCCAACAUUUUCUAAAUUCUAAUUGCCAACUGUUUCUAUUUAUACUUGAUUUCUAUUUCAUUUGGAGUCUGUUACAUGGCAUCUCGGGCAGACUAGAUCUUGUUUUUUCCAGUGCAGCAUAGCGAGUAUGAUCUAUUUCUUUUCAAAUAAUCUUUGAGAUCCCGGGGCGGGGGGGAAGCUCUGCUCUGUUGAGCUACGAUGGAAAUGCGCUUGUUUAAAAGGCAGAUGAGGCAAGUGAGUGAUUUAUUGUUCUUGAGGAAAUACACGAUUUUUCCCCUCAUGCUCCAAAAGCUAGUCCUUUCUCUUUCUUAAGAAAAAAUGAGUAACCCUUUGUUUUUCACUAACUAGCAAACCAUGUCAUUUCCUCAUUCUUUCUACGUAGUGUUAUUAAUGCAAGACCUAUUCUAGUUAUCUAUACACAGUGUAAGACGUAACAAACUGAAAUGAUCCACCUCGUAUGUGAGUCCGUCCGAAAGGUGUUACUGCUCUGGGUGGGCCAAUGUUCUCUAUCAGUUAUACUAACCUUCAUUUAAAAAUAUUUAUUCUAAAAUGCCUCUGAGAAAUAGUUAAAAAAAAAAAGAAAAAUUAAAAGUUGUCUAAAAUGCAACAGCUUUUAUAGUAUAUGUACAUUUAUAAAUAAAAUACUCAAAUCAA